AACAGCUCCAAGUCUAUUUACUGCAGCCAAAUAAAAGUUAAACCUUGUUAUGUUAACACUUUAGCUGUUGCCCUGAGAUUUAUUAGACAAGUGAUGUCAAAGAGGCAGAAAUAAACACUACCUGAUACACACUUGAAAAAACCCACAGCACACCUCUGGACUCUGACAAUGAGAUCUGCAAUUGUCCUUCUCACGCUGCAAAUAAUUCUUCACUGCACAUGCUCAGAAAACCUAUCUCUGACCGCUCUUCUGGAAAAAUAUUGUGAAGCCAUGUCUGUAGUCUACAAUGGCACAGGUUCCUACUGCAGUGCCACCAUUGAUCAGAUUGGUACGUGUUGGCCGAGGAGCUUCGGUGGGGAACUGGUAGAAAGACCAUGUCCCGAUACCUUCAAUGGGAUUAAGUAUAACACGACAAGAAGUGUUUCCCGAGAGUGUUUCGACAAUGGAACGUGGGCUACGUGGAUGAAUUAUUCACAGUGUGUGCCUAUUUUGGAUACCAAGAAGAAGCAUGCAUUACAUUACAAGAUUGCGCUAAUUAUAAACUACCUGGGGCACUGUAUAUCUGUACUGGCGCUCGUCAUAGCUUUUUUACUUUUUUUGUGUUUAAGGAGUAUAAGAUGCCUUAGAAAUAUUAUCCACUGGAAUCUGAUCACUACCUUUAUCCUAAGAAAUAUAAUGUGGUUCCUGCUUCAACUGAUUGACCACAACAUUCAUGAAAGCAACGAGAUCUGGUGUUGUUGCAUCACGACCAUUUAUAAUUACUUUGUGGUCACUAAUUUCUUCUGGAUGUUCGUGGAAGGCUGCUACCUACACACCGCAAUAGUGAUGACUUACUCAACAGACAAGCUUCGGAAAUGGGUGUUCCUGUUCAUAGGGUGGUGUAUUCCGUGUCCUAUAAUUAUAGCUUGGGCUGUAGGAAAACUCUGCUAUGAAAAUGAACAGUGCUGGAUUGGAAAAGGACCAGUUAAAUACAUGGACUAUAUAUAUCAAGGUCCAGUCAUCCUUGUACUACUUAUAAAUUUUGUUUUUUUAUUCAACAUUGUAAGAAUUUUAAUGACGAAAUUGAGAGCGUCAACCACGUCAGAAACAAUACAGUACAGGAAAGCUGUGAAGGCCACGUUGGUUCUCCUCCCUCUUCUGGGAAUUACAUAUAUGCUCUUCUUUGUGAACCCUGGAGAAGAUGACGUUUCACAGAUAGUUUUUAUUUACUUUAACUCAUUCCUGCAGUCAUUUCAGGGAUUCUUUGUGUCGGUAUUUUAUUGCUUUUUGAAUGGGGAGGUUCGCUCCGCUGCAAGAAAAAGGUGGCACCGUUGGCAAGAUCAUCAUUCUUUGCGUGUGCGGGUAGCCAGAGCAAUGUCUAUACCAACAUCGCCAACUAGAAUCAGCUUUCACAGUAUAAAGCAGACAGCGGCUGUCUGAGUUUUGGUUUCUUUUCCAAUUUGGAUGUGUGCAGUGACCUUGUGUGGUGGCGGACGCAUUUCACAUUGGCACAAUUCAGCUUUGUGCAGCAGGAAAGAGACAACCAAUCCAACAAGUAACAUCGAGAACAAAACAUUGUGAAACCGAGCGUAUGAAAUUGCGGAUACUUUUUCAGUAUUGUAAGCACAGACUUUGAGACCCCACGGUUUAAGAGCUUUUACUUUUUAUUUAAAAUUUGCUAAAGUAUUUUGACAGAAUUGUUCUUUUCAUUCCAUAUCUCUGGGGGAUUUUUUUGCUGUAAAUUGCAAACGUUACGGCAGAUUUGCUAUUGAUCUAUGUC